AUGUGCUGCUUGAAAGUCGUGUUUCUGGCCCUGUUACUAACGUGUAGCGCCGGAGCCAUCCCCGUGGAGGACGGGGAACAGCUGCGCGAGGCAGUGGCAAGCCUCGCCACCCCCGGGCCCAACGUGGUCUGGGAUCUCAGUGGCAGCCUCUCUAUAGCCGAGGCGGGCCCCGCGCCCACACGCGUCGCGCGCAAUGUGACGCUGCGCGGCGCGGGCCCGCCAAAUGCUACCGAGAUUAGCCUGUACGGAUGGGUGUCGAUGUGGCAGUUGGCACCGGGGGUGGUGGUCACGCUGGAGAACCUGACGCUGUCUAACUUGGCGCUGCGGCCGCCCGACGCGCCCACGCCGCCGCCGUCCAACUUGUCGGUGUUCACGUUCCCGCUCUGGUUUUUCGAAACGAACCGGUCCGUAUCUCAGCUCGUCGUGCGCGGCUGCAACCUCAUCAUACCUUAUGAUGAGUUUAUCUGCCUGCAGCACGUGUUUUUUGAAGCGUCGGUUGACAGCCCGUCGUACGUGGUCGACAUGUUCUAUUACUUUGAGCUGCUGCUGAGAGACUUCACCAACAAUGCUCAGGCGGUGCUCCGGCCGCCGGGGUCUGUCAGCAUUACGACGGGCCGCGGCCUGGGCGUGUCUCUGACUGAUGUCAAUCUGGAGUACCACCCCAACAAGUUCCCGCUGAUCUCCAAUCGCUCGCGUAUCACAUCCAGCAACCCCUGGGUGUCCGUCGGCGGCAGCAGCGCCCCGCAAGGCGGCGGCGGCGGCGGCACCCCGCUGCCGGCCUGGGCGGUCGCGCUCACCGUGCUCGCCGCCGCCCUGCUGCUGGUCGCGGUGGCGGGCGGCGCCUGGGUCGUCGCCCGCCGCGUGCUGCCGCCGCGCCGCGGCGCCGCGGGGCCCGCCGCGCCCAAGGCCGGAGCGGGCGGUGGCGCGGGGAGCAAGGGCGCGGGCAGCAUCGGGCGGAGGGGCCGGUGCCCGGCGGACAGUGAUGGCGCGCUGGAGUCUGCGAUGGAGGACGGCCUGCUGGGCCCUGCGGACGCGCCGCGGCCGCCGGCGGCGGCGCUGGCGCGCGUCCGGCGAUCAACGCUUCCGGUCAUCGGCCCGCCACGAGACAAGUGCUGA